CUUCCCAACACUUUCCUUUACUGUCGUUUAGCUCUCCACUUUUUCCACCUUUCUUCCUCAUCACCCACUUUCCUCUUCCAAUUUGCACCUUCACUCAAAUUUCAUCCCAAAAAUCCUCAGCUUCUCGUCAUCUCUGGCUUGACUUACAGCGAUCAUGUCUUCCCACGUCAAAGAAACUGCUGAUGGGGAAAUAGAGAAAGUGUUGGUCAGCCCCAAGAAGAGCCACAAUCCGUUGGCGGACAUAUCACCCGCGCCAUCACCAUCUUCAUCUACUGCCCCGGCUCUAGUUCUAUCGAAUUCAGGGAAGCGGAUCGACCAAGCUGGGAGGAAGAAGUACGUGAAACAGGUGACUGGGCGCCACAAUGAUACGGAGCUGCAUUUGGCGGCUCAGAGGGGUGAUCUCGCAGCUGUGAGGCAGAUACUCGAAGAUAUUAAUUCUCAAAUGGUGGGGACUUUGAGUGGUGCGGAAUUUGACCAGGAGGUUGCGGAGAUCAGGGCGUCACUCGUGAGCGAGGGUAAUGAGUUGGGAGAGACGGCGUUGUUUACUGCAGCGGAUAAAGGGCAUCUUGAUGUGGUUAAGGAGCUGAUCAAAUAUGCUAACAAGGAAACACUCGGGAAGAAGAAUAGGUCUUUGUUUGAUCCUCUGCAUAUAGCUGCGAGUCAAGGGCAUCAUGCGAUUGUGCAAGUGCUGUUGGAUCAUGACCCGAGUUUGAGUAAAACUAUUGGCCCGUCAAAUGCAACUCCUCUUAUAACUGCCGCUACUAGAGGUCAUAGUGCAGUAGUAGAUGAGCUCCUGUCGAAGGACUGCAGCUUGCUGGAAAUUGCUAGAUCAAAUGGGAAGAACGCGUUGCACUUGGCUGCUAGACAAGGGCAUGCGGACAUUGUCAAGGCGUUGCUUGACAAAGAUCCACAGUUAGCUAGGAGGACGGACAAGAAGGGGCAGACAGCACUGCAUAUGGCCGUUAAAGGGGUUAACUCGGAAGUUGUUAAACAUCUCUUAGAUGCUGAUGCAGCUAUAGUAAUGCUCCCAGACAAGUUUGGUAACACUGCUUUGCACAUAGCUACGAGGAAAAAGCGAGCACAGAUUGUUAGUCUGUUACUACGCCUGCCCGACACCAAUGUGAAUGCACUGAACCGAGACGGCAAGACAUCUCUUGACAUUGCGGAAGACCUUCCGCUAUCUGAAGAGUCAUCUGAGAUUAAGGAGUGCCUUUGUCGUUAUGGUGCUGUUAGAGCUAAUGAGUUGAAUCAGCCUCGAGACGAGCUGCGGAAAACCGUGACUCAAAUCAAGAAUGACGUCCACAUCCAGCUCGAGCAAACAAAGAGGACGAACAAGAAUGUCCACGGCAUCGCCAAAGAGCUGAGGAAGCUCCACCGAGAAGGCAUCAACAACGCCACCAACUCGGUGACCGUCGUUGCCGUCCUCUUCGCAACCGUCGCCUUCGCGGCCAUCUUCACCGUGCCCGGUGGAGACAACGAUCAUGGAAUGGCCGUGGUAGUCGGAAGCAUCUCCUUCAAAAUAUUCUUCAUCUUCAACGCAAUUGCCCUCUUCACAUCCCUAGCUGUCGUCGUGGUUCAGAUCACGUUGGUUAGAGGCGAGACGAAGGCUGAGCGACGCGUGGUAGAGGUCAUCAACAAACUGAUGUGGCUGGCCUCCGUCUGCACUUCCGUGGCAUUCAUAGCAUCCUCUUACAUUGUGGUCGGGCGCAAGCAUCAGUGGGCUGCAAUACUGGUCACAGUUGUCGGAGGAGUCAUAAUGGCCGGGGUUCUCGGGACCAUGACCUACUAUGUGGUGAGGUCGAAAAGGAUAAGGUCCAGUCAAUAA